AUGUCGCUCGACCCGAACCAGCGUCGCCUCCACACGGCGGCCGCCGUCUCGGCCGUCCACAACCGCCGCACCCGCCUGCCCUCGAUCGACUUCACCGUGCACACGUCGGACGAGGGCCAGGUCUUCAACACGACCGAGCGCGUCGUCAAGGACGUCCAGGCCCCGGCCUUCCUCAAGCCCACCGACGAGCAAUUCUACGCCGACGAGACGCGCCAGAAGCCCAACAUUGCCUUCCUCAAGAACCACUUCUUCCGCGAGGGUCGCCUCACCGACGAGCAGGCCAUCUUCAUCAUCCGCGAGGCGAGCAAGCUCCUGCGCGAGGAGCCCAACCUCCUCGAGGUCGACGCGCCCAUCACCGUCUGCGGCGACAUCCACGGCCAAUACUUCGACCUCAUGAAGCUGUUCGAGGUCGGCGGCAACCCGGCAGAUACUCGCUACCUCUUCCUCGGCGACUACGUCGACCGAGGCUACUUCUCGAUCGAGUGCGUCUUGUACCUGUGGGCGCUCAAGAUUUGGUACCCGAACACGCUCUUCCUCCUGCGGGGCAAUCACGAGUGCCGCCACUUGACCGACUACUUCACGUUCAAGCUCGAGUGCAAGCACAAGUACUCGGAGGAGGUCUACAACGCGUGCAUGGAGUCGUUCUGCACGCUCCCGCUCGCCGCCGUCAUGAACAAGCAGUUCCUGUGCAUCCACGGCGGCCUCUCUCCCGAGCUCAACACGCUCGACGACCUGCGCGUCAUCAACCGCUUCCGUGAGCCGCCGACGCACGGCCUCAUGUGCGACAUCCUGUGGGCCGACCCGCUCGAGGAAUUCGGCAACGAGAAGAACACCGAGGGCUUUGUCCACAACCACGUCCGGGGCUGCUCCUACUUCUUCACGUACACGGCGGCGUGUCAGUUCCUCGAGCGCAACGGCCUCCUCAGCAUCAUCCGUGCACACGAAGCGCAGGACGCUGGCUACCGCAUGUACCGCAAGACCAAGACGACGGGCUUCCCGUCGGUCAUGACCAUCUUCUCGGCGCCCAACUACCUCGACGUGUACAACAACAAGGCGGCCGUGCUCAAGUACGAGAACAACGUCAUGAACAUUCGCCAGUUCAACUGCUCGCCCCACCCGUACUGGCUGCCCAACUUCAUGGACGUCUUUACGUGGAGCCUGCCCUUUGUCGGCGAGAAGAUCACCGACAUGCUCAUCGCGAUGCUGGGCAUCUGCAGCAAGGAGGAGCUCGACGAGGAGGAGGAGGAAAUCGCCGAGGAGGAGGCCGAGCCGUUGGAGGACGAGGAGGACGACGAGGGCCUGACCGAGGAGGACAUUGCCGAGAGGCGCGCGGCGAUCAAGAACAAGAUCCUCGCCGUCGGCAAGAUGAGCAAGCUCUUCUCGGUCCUUCGCGAGGAGUCCGAGUCGGUCUCGGAGCUCAAGAACGUCGCCGGCACGCAGGUCCUGCCGCACGACUCGCUCGCCAACGGCGCCGACAGCAUCAAGCAGUCGAUCACCAACUACACCGACGCCCGCAAGUCGGACAUCGACAACGAGCACCUCCCGCCCGACCUCAUCGACCCGGAGGACUUUGCCGCCGUCGCCGCCGCCGCAUCGUCCGGCGACGAGGGCGCCGAGGACGUGUUCGGCGCCGGGCUCGUGUCGCCCGCAGACGGCUCGACGGCUCCCACCUCGCCCGACGUCGGCGUCGCCGAGUCGCCCGACCUCAUGCCCAAGGACUCGCCCGGCCUCGUCGACACGCCGACGAGCGAGAAGGACCUCGCCAUGGGCUCGCCCAGCUCGCCGUCGUCGCCCGUGCCCGGCUCGCCCGGCGCCGAGGGCUCGCCGUUCAAGCGCCACCACCACCGCCGCCAGUCGUCGCUCGGCACGACGCGCACGUCGCCUUCGACGAGGCGGCGCAGCCUCGAGAACACGAUCAGCAUGAUCCGCGAGGCGAUGAGCAAGAACGACUCGUCGAUGGAGGAGCUCGCCGAGAAGGUGGCUGGCAACGAGAGCCCCGGGUCGCCCUCGAGGAGCAGGCGCAACUCGCUCAUGCGCUCGCCACCGGCAAGCCCGAGCCCGGCCCGCUCGUGA